GUCACGUCCGUUUGUGAUAUUACAACAACAAAGAAGUUACUGCAAACAACAAACACUUUUUGUCAUCCUCGGACAUCAUUGCAAACGACGAUAGAAGAGCGCAAUAUGUACUGCAAUAAUUUUUUUUACCAUGCCGCACGACUCUCUUCAGCUCCGGAAACAAAAACCAAAACAAUAACAACAGUGGGAGGGCGGUCAGUGGCGAUGUUUCCACCCUACUGCGGAUUCCAUCUUUAAGCGAGCUGUGCGGUUCAGCUAUAAAAGGCCAAUGGACAGUGCCCUCCACGUGACUGGUGGCCCGCUGCCAUAGGCUGAGCCAUGGGCCGUGGGCCAAACCUCACUAGGCAGUGUAUUGCCACUCAGAGAAUCAUUGAAGAUGAACACAGAGGAAAAACAAGAGCUCAAGUCAUCACAACAUGAAAUGAUGGACGUUAGCAGCGCCGUGACAGAUGAGAGGCCACGGGCAGAGGAGGUGGAGAGAGGAGAAGGGGCAGGGGAGAGGCAGGGAGAGGAAGAGGAGGCCCCAGGGAAGACCUCAGAGAGUGGAAUGGAGUACUCAGAACCCACAGGAAACGAGGGAAUGACAGAUGGGGUUCCUGUGAAAACUGAGAAUGAAGAGUAUGACGACAAUGACGAUCAGUACCCCAAGAGUGAAGAAGAAGGUGAACGAGACAAUUACCUUUAUGAAGAAGAGGAAGAGGAGGAGAAGGAAAGGGAUGAGGAAGACGAAGGAGAAGGGGAGGAAGAGGGAGAAACCCUUAACGAACCACAGGACCUGUCUCUGGCAGAUUAUGUAAAGUAUGAGACCACAGGCCCGCAGGACGCCCACACCGACUCCUCGCCGUACGCAGCAGAACCCCGCAGCCAGGCAGCAGGCAAGCUCAACUGUGACAUCUGUGGCCUGUCCUGCGUCAGCAUCAAUGUGCUGCUCGUGCACAAGCGAAGCCACACCGGUGAACGUCCGUUCCACUGCAGCCAGUGUGGCGCUUCCUUCACCCAGAAGGGAAACCUGCUUCGCCACAUCAAACUGCACUCAGGGGAGAAGCCCUUCAAGUGCCCGAUGUGCAGCUACGCCUGCCGCAGACGAGACGCCCUCAGCGGACACCUGCGCACUCACUCAAUAGAGAAGCCCUACAAGUGCAACCACUGCGGUCGCAGUUACAAGCAGCGCAGCUCCCUUGAAGAGCACAGAGAGAGGUGCCAUGUGUACAUCCAGAACAAAGGCAACGCUGAGAGAGCCGGUGAGGACACCCACGUGUCCAGGACUACUCAUAUGGGCACGGAGCGCGCUCUGCUACUGGACAGGUUGGCGAGCAACGUGGCCAAACGCAAGAGCUCUAUGCCACAGAAGUUCACUGGGGACAACGGCGUGUGUCUGGACCUGAGCUUCAACAGGGAGCUGAUCCACCGCUCUGACGUCAUGGACCCUCCGCUCACCUCCCCAGGAUCCGAGAACCACCACAGCCACCAGCCCCUCUACACAGGCCAGGACCCUGACUCUGCCUCCCCCCACAGGGCCUACCCCAUCCCCCUGAGCCGCGCUGACAUGAGCCCCCUGGCCCUCACCAAUGGUCACAAGCUGGAGCAGCAGCAGAGCACUGGUCUCGCCUACCUGCCCCGGCCCAGCCAGGGCCACCCUAGCAUGGACACACUCCACGCCGAUCGGGCCCAGCUCUCCCAGCCUCUCAUCUACAGCCUGGGGCACCUGCUGGGGCCCAGUCCCCACAACAGCCUCCCACGCCCCCAUAGCCAGGCUCACGCGCUCCCCAUGCCCCCCAUAGAGGCUCUGAGGGUGGUAAGGAGCGAGGGGGAGGUAGGGGUUGGGGUAGGUACAGGAGCGGGGGCGGUGUACCCCUGCGGUCACUGCAGGGUGUGGUUUCUGGACUACGUCAUGUUCACCAUCCACAUGGGCUGCCACGGCUUCCGUGACCCACUGGAGUGCAAUGUAUGUGGCCACCGCAGCCGGGACCGCUAUGAGUUCUCCUCACACAUUGCGCGCGGCGAGCACCGCCUGGAGUUGAAGUAGUAUAGACACAUUUGAACACACACAUACACCCAUACAUGUAGUCAGACUCCUAAACGGAAUAAUGCAUACACAUUUAUACACUUACACACAUGAAUUGUGUACAAACAUUACAUACACACAAAAAUGAUCUCAGGGACUUUCCUUUUUGUUUUUAAUUAGCACCAGUAUUACCACACACACACACACACACACACACACA